ACCGAACUGGCCGAAUGUAUUGAACCUACUCGCUCUCUUUGACAUGCGCACCCCGCGAUGCGCCUCCUAACGCGCGACGAGAACGACCGCCUUAUACUCGAGACGGUCGACAGCGACUCGCCCCCAGCGUACGCAAUCCUCUCCCACACCUGGCACGAAGACAACAGGCAAGAGGUCAGCUUCCAGGAUAUGGCGAGAGGCGGAGCUGCAGGCAAGCUGGGUUAUGUCAAGAUACAGUUCUGCGCAAGGCAGGCGGCGGCCGAUGGACUGCGGUACUUCUGGGUCGAUACGUGCUGUAUCGACAAGUCGAGCAACAGCGAGCUCACUGAGGCGAUUAACUCGAUGUUCCGCUGGUAUCGGCAGGCCGCGCGGUGCUACGUCUACCUGUCAGAUGUCUCUCGCGGGCUUCGCAGCGUCUGGGAGCCGGUCAAGGGCAGCCCUUGA